GAAGACAUUCAGAAAUUAAAAUGGCUGUGCAAUUUGUAAUGCAAAUUGCUUUCUUUCUUCUGCUGACAUAUGGAUUAGUAGAAGAAGCAUCAUCAGUAGUAUUUCCAGCUAUUGCACGACUCAAUUGUACAGAGAAGUGUGGAAAUGUUAAAAUUCCAUAUCCAUUUGGAAUCGGACCUAAUUGCUACAUGGCCAGCUGGUUCGAAAUUGUUUGCGAUAAAGCAAAUGUCACUGCUAAAGCCUUUCUACCCAGUAUUGGCAUGGAGGUGCUGGAAAUCAAUAUUAGUGAUCCGUAUAAAGAUUCAUAUUCAUAUUCUUAUUAUAAUGAGCCUGGACUCAUCCGAGUCAAGAUGCCUAUUAUUUCUUCUUCAGACUGCAUAAAUAAGAGUAGUGAUGGUGUGGACAUCUCUGGAACUCCUUAUUUCUUCUCGUCAUACCGGAAUAAAUUUGUUUCGGUUGGUUGCGACAACUUGGUCACAAUGACUGGUCUUGACCCUAUGGUGGUGGUUGGUUGCAAGACUAAUUGCAGUAAUCAAAAGCUGAAAGAUAAACAAGGUACAUGCUCGGGGUUCAACUGCUGCCAGACCACAGUCCCUUACGGGAUUCAAGUACUAAAUGUAGAUUUCGUGAGGACACCGAGAAAUAAUUGUAGACAUGCCUUCCUCGCAGAGACACAAUGGUUAAACAAAACAGAUCUCUCUAACCAUUUUCUGUAUUGGGAUUACGUUCCUGUGGUGCUGGAAUGGACAGAAUCUAACUUUACUGCCUUUGAUUUCAACGAGAUACGUGCACUGCAUUUAGAUUGGGAUUAUACAAGUUACGGGGCCAAGUACUAUUAUUGCCGUUAUGGAUACGAAGGAAAUCCUUAUCUUUUUCCAGGAUGUCAAGAUAUAAAUGAAUGCGAAGACCAGAAACGCAAUGGAUGUUUUGACAAGUCAGAUUGUGAGAAUAUAGAAGGUAGUUACACUUGCAACAGGCGCAAGUCUCGACAGAAGAUAGCCAUUAUAGUUAUUUGUACAAGCUUUGGGGCAUUGUUUCUACUCUUUAUUACUUGGUGGUUAUACAAAGUGAUAAAGAAAAGAAACAAAAUUAAGCUCAAGAAAAAAUUCUUCAAAAGAAAUGGUGGUUUGUUAUUACAACAACAAUUAUCUUCAAAUGAAAACAAUGUUCAGAAGGCAAAAUUAUUCAAUUCAAAGGAGUUGGAAAAUGCGACAGAUCGUUUUAAUGAAAACAGAAUACUUGGUAAGGGUGGACAAGGUACAGUUUAUAAAGGAAUGUUAAUUGAUGGAAGAAUUGUGGCAAUUAAAAAGUGCAACACAGUGGAUGAGGGAAAUCUUGAACAAUUCAUUAAUGAGAUUAUCAUUCUUUCACAAAUCAAUCAUAGAAAUGUGGUUAAACUACUUGGGUGUUGUUUAGAGACAGAAGUUCCUUUGCUAGUUUACGAAUUCAUUUCCAACGGCACACUUUUUCAGUACCUCCAUGAAAAAAAUGAAGAUUUUCCAUUGCUAACAUGGGAUAUGCGCUUAAGAAUUGCCACAGAAAUUGCCGGAGCUUUGUCAUACUUACACUCAGCAGCUUCAUUACCCAUUUACCAUCGUGACAUAAAAUCUUCAAACAUACUCCUUGAUGACAAAUAUAGAGCAAAAGUAGCAGAUUUCGGUACUUCAAGAUCAGUAGCCAUUGACCAAACUCAUGUAACCACAUUAGUAUAUGGUACUUUUGGGUACUUGGAUCCAGAAUACUUUCAAACAAGCCAAUUUACAGAAAAGAGUGAUGUUUAUAGUUUUGGAGUGGUCCUUGUUGAGCUUUUAACAGGAGAAAAACCAGUUUCUUUGACAAGAUCACAAGAAGGUCGGAAUCUAUCUACAUAUUUCGUUCUUUCAUUAAAAGAGAACCGUCUCUUUGAUAUACUUGAUACUCAAGUAAGUAAAGUUGGUAAUAAAGAUGAAGUCAUGGCAAUUGCUAACCUUGCAAAAAGAUGUUUACACUUGAAUGGAAAGAAACGACCUACAAUGAUAGAAAUCAUGAUGGAGUUGGAGGGAGUCCAAAAAGUUUCUACUAUUCAACCAAAUUUUGAAGAAAUUGAAUAUGUUAGAAAUGAAGAAAUGGAGCCCAGGAGUGACAUUUCUAUUUCAAAAAGUUCAUGUUUAGAAUCAAGCACAGCUUCAUCAUCAGACGUCCUACCACUUUUAUCCAUUAAAUCAAUUUGAUUAAUAAACUAGGUACUUUUUUUUUCAUGUUGUAAACUGUUAUAAAAUCAUAUUACUAUUUUAAAACUCCUUCUAGUAGAGUGGCAAUAAUGACAUUAUAUC